AUGAAGUUUCUCUCUCCAGCUGUGCUCUAUCAUACCCUCCCCCAGCUCAUUCGAGCCUAUCCCAAGCUCUCUCAGACCCAGCUCGAUAGAGCCUCCUUCAAGCAUACCAUCGCCAAGUUCUUCCGAAUCUCGCCCGAGCUCAGCUUUGCCCAGCUCUGCUCAACCGAGCUCAGUGGCACCCAGCUCUGGUCAACCGAGCUCAGGCGCACCCAGUUCCGCCCAGCCAAGUUCCGCAGCGCCCAGCUCGGCCCUGCCAAGCUCAGUGGCACCCAGCUCGGCCCUGCCAAGCUCCAUGCCCCCAAGCUCAGUCCAGUCGAGCGUAUCGCCCUCCUCCUCCGCCCCGGCGCCGACACCCGACACUUCCCCGCCUUCUCGUCCCUCGACGUCAACUACUUUCAUAUAACGCAACCCACCUUCACCGGCACGACGGAGCGCAUCGGCAUCCCGCCGGGCACGAACCCGUAUUUCCCACCCUUCAGCAUCUACGACGAUACACCGGCUCAGCUCUACAUGUUCAAGGCCGUCAACCACCGCGCCUUUCUCUACGCGCCCGUCACGGGCACCUACACGAUCACGGUGCCCGACUCGGACGAGAUCACGCUCGUCUGGCUCGGCGACAAGGCCAUCUCGACCUGGACCCGCGCCAACGCCGACCUGGAGCAGGACUUUAAUACCGUGGACGGGCCUGAGGAGACGACCGUAUUUAGGAUUGAGCUGCAGGCCGGCACGUAUACGCCGUUCCGUCUUUUGUGGGCGAAUGCGCAAGGCGAGCUUUCAUUCAUUGCGCGGGUCCAGGAGCCGGGUGGACGGAUUAUUGUGGAUGGAGACGGGUCGGACAGCGACUUUUUUGUACGUUUCGCUUGCGACAUGUCGACGCCUGAGUACCCGCCUUUUGGACAGGAUGGUUGA